AAUUUUGACGCCGAUACCAACUUGGUAUUUGUGUUUGAUCGCAGCGCUGAAGGGGUCACGAUAGUAACACCUUCUCCACCAGCCUCAUGAAAUCAUGAUGCCUGCGCAACUGCGUGUGGCGGUCGUGCAGUUCGCUCCGAAGCUCGGCCAGGUGCAAGCCAACAUCGCCAAGGCUCGAGAAUUAUGCAAGGGGUUGAAGCCCAGAUCUAUCGAUCUCCUGUGCUUCCCAGAGAUGAUUUUCUCCGGCUAUGUGUUUCCGGAUACAGCUGCUAUCACCCCAUAUCUCGAACACCCGCAUACCGGGCCCACAUCCACUUUUUGCGCGGAGCUAGCACGCUCCCUUGAAUGUUUUGUGGCCGCUGGGUAUCCUGAGAAGCUCGAACCACAUGAACAUGCCCUUCCACUCGGAGAUGAUAGCGCCAGCUUAUCGUUCCAGCAGCCACGCAUCGGUGCAAACAGUGCGGUCAUGUAUAAUCCCACAGGGGAGCGCGUUGGAGCCUAUCGCAAGACCAACCUCUAUAAACUUGAUCUCCCAUGGGCUGUUCCUGGAUCUGGGUUUUCGACGAUGACGCUACCGCAUCCACUGGGCCCAACUACGCUUGCGAUCUGCAAUGACCUUAAUGUGCAGGACCCUGCUGUGUGGGAGUCGCUCGAGGAAGGUCCAUAUGAACUUGCGCGACACUGCAUAAGAUCGGGCACGCGGCUUUUAAUACUCCUGAAUGCGUGGUUGCAUCCUGAUGAAGAUGGAGAAGAAUCAGAGACUGGUUCUGCUGGUCACACGACGCCGGAGCAUAACCAAGACACAGAUGAGAUGGAGCCAAGUUGGGAAGUUAUGAAAUACUGGGCGAUGCGUUUGAACCCAUUGUGGGCGACCAUCCAGAAGGCAUCAAAUGAGAGCGACGAGAAACCAGGGGAACGCAAAGUUCCCAACGAACUGCUAGUUGUUGUUUGUAACCGGUUUGGAGAUGAAGGUGGGAAUAGAUUUGCAGGAUCGUCUGUUCUCAUGUCCCUUCACCGAGGGUCCGGCCGACCGCGACUUCUGCAAAUGAUGGGUCAAAGGGAGGAAGGUGUCAGUGUCUGGACUGCAAACAUGGCAGUAUAGAAGCACGAUAAGCAUGUUCGAUAUCCACAUCCGUACAGGCAAGAGACAAAGAUCAUGUAGCUUUUCUUUUACCAAGCUUUCUCCAGCGACUGCAUAUAUUCCUCAGCAAUCCUAUCAUCUCGAUCGCUUCCUCCUCGUCCUCAUCAUAAUGAGCCGCGUCGAUCGGCCAAAGACUUUCUCUGUGUUCCAUGAGCUUGACCACAUGCAUUUUUACCUUUGCUCUCUGAUCAUAACCUGACUCGGUGGCGGACAUUGCAUGCACAGAGUACUCUAUCUCUUUAGAGGCUUCCGCUAGGAUCAGAUGUCUAGGCAUAA